UGGGGAGACCUUUCUCCUCAAGCUUUCAGGACUCUGAUCUUACAAUGGCCUCAGUCUACCAACCAGUGAUGCAAUUAAGUGGCAUAUUGGUCUCUCUGUUGGGAUGGGUCCUGUCCUGUCUCACCACCUACCUACCACAGUGGAAAAACCUUAACCUGGAACUAAAUGAACUGGAGAUCUGGACCAUGGGACUCUGGCAAGCUUGUGUUGUCCAGGAAGAAGGCGGAAUGCAAUGCAAGGACUUUGAUUCUUUCCUAGCUUUGCCUCCAGAGCUCAGGAUUUCUAGGAUUUUAAUGUUUUUUUCCAAUGGAUCAGGGCUUUUGGGCCUUUUGCUCUCAGGAUUUGGCUUGGACUGUUUGAAAAUUGGUGAAAGACAACAGGAACAAAAGAAACGGUUGUUGCUGUUUGGAGGAAUGCUCUUCUGGAUAUCGGGAAUUACAGCUAUUGUCCCGGUUUCCUGGGUUGCCCAUGCCACAGUCCAGGAAUUUUGGGAUGAGAAUAUACCAGAUAUUGUUCCCAGGUGGGAUUUUGGGGAAGCAUUGUUUGUUGGCUGGCUUGCUGGAUUUUGUCUUAUAUUAGGAGGAUCCCUACUUAAUUGUACAAUCUGUUCUACUGAAGUCCAUCCAUCUUCGGUCCAUUAUGCAGUAGCAGAACAGCAGGAUCAGUGUCAAUGCUUGGAAACUGAAAUAAGGCCUUAA